UUUUUAGGGAACAGAUCUACAUUACUUCUGCCAAAACGCGGCGUUUUGGUGCUCCUUUUAGCGGCAGCUACUAAUAUUAUAGUCUUCUCCGUCUCAAUUUCUUUGGUUCUUCUAAUUCAAGAACGGAACCCUAAACGUUACUAUCUUCUUCGAAUUUCGAAUCAUGCUCCAUUGCUCCUGCAAUUUCUGCUGUUUUCUCCACGUUCAAAUCACUGAUUUUCAGCCGAAGUUCCGUUAUGUAGGCUCUGAGUUCGUGUGGCGCUUUGGUCUUCGAGCUUUCGGUCGGCGGCCAUGGACGCGUUCAAGGAGGAGAUAGAAAUCGGGAGCUCAGCGGAUUUGUUUGAGGGGAUACUGAAUUCGCACACAACGCGAGCUCACCGGCGUUAAUCCCUCUCGCCCAAGAAAUGGUGUUCUGGUGAUCUUUUGUCGGCGAUGGUUUGGAUUCGGAUUUCUGUUUCUUCUAUCGCUUUCUUCGCUGAUACGGUAAAAGGGAUUUACCGUGGAUCCUUAGACGACACAAAUUGAGUCGAAAACUCUGGGAAUCGGUUCUUGGGAUCGAAAAUCACUUCGUUCUCGGCUAUAAUUCUAGGAAUGGAGAAUUCCAAUUGGUAUUGGCUGAGAAGGAAAAAGCAUACGCCUUUGUGUUCACAUGGCCCUGUAAUUUAUCGCAGCCGGUUCCUCGCAAAAUGCGUAGAUUGUAACCAUCACCGCCCUCGCUACAGAACUCUGCGACAGAGAAACCGAAACGAGAAAGAGGGAAAACUUCAAUGGCUCAGUCGAGAUUUAAAAUCGCGGCGGAGAUUUAUAGAUGACGAGAGCAUUUGGGUUACGUUUUUGGACUAGAAUGUAAAAUUAGUAACUAUCUGGUAAAUUUAUAUGAAAUAUAAAAAAUGUGGGAUUAUUCUGUAAUUGUAUAGAUGAGAAAUAUUUGGGCCGAAGAAAAAAGCCCAUUACGACCCAAGGGCAACAUUGUGUGGAUUACCCGUAACCGCAGCAUGCAGGAGGAAAUCCGGUGCGAAGGGAACAUUCCGGCGAGAUCGAUUUGAAGGGGUACGGCAGAUGUGGCGGCGGAGUAACAUUCCGGGUAACAGAGAUUCUGAUCAGAGCAUUUCCGGUGAUGACUGCUUUCUCAUCAUAAUUUUGCGUCGAGAUUUUAGCUUUUUAUGCCUUUGAUGGCCCAUUGGGUGUUGCUCUUGUUGUUGUCCGAUUUUCAGAGGAGGAUGAAGAGUACGGCAACGGCGAUUUUGGAGGAAAUGAUAUGUCGCCAAGUGGGAAUUCGAGGGAAGAAGUAGGUGUAGUCGCAAAUCGAUGAUCAUUGGAGGUUUACUACUUCAGACAAGGCUUGAGAAUCUCAUAGGUUGUGGGGAAGUAAAUUAUGCUAGUCAGACUGGCAACUUAUCUCCUGAGGCAUCUUCGCAGAAGAGCCUCCCUCUUGAGGAUGAUGUAGAAGUUCCUGAUUCCCAAGAGGAGAGUAACUUUGCUCCUUUGAGAAAACCACGAUCCACAUGCAUCUCUGAUGCAGAAAGUGUCUCUGAUGAUGAGAUUCCACAAUACAGCAAAAUGACAACAUGGUCAACUGUCACUAAGGAAACCAAGGCGCUAAUUCAUUUGAAUGGUGAUGCUUCAUUCUCAUUGUCCCGUUCAUCUGGAUCUAAAACCAAGAGAUGUAAUAAAGUUGUCAAAGACCAAGUGCGGCGAAAGUUUUCAUUUCAUUCACAUACUCAUGGAGAAAUGUCCUCCAAGAUAAAUGGAAUACCUGAAAAUCUGGAAACUUGUGAUCAGGUGGUGGAAGAGGAUCCAAUUGCUGACUGCCUCCAUGGUUUCGAUGAAGAAACAGAAAACAGAGAUGGUGUUACUGUUUCUGCAUCAAGGGUGAUUCAGUAUGGAUGCGCUGACCAUGCAAUAUCAAAGCUUUUGGAUAGUCUUCCAGAUACAAGCAGAGCGACAAAACGAAGUGUUGAUCCGUAUUGCAGACGCAGAAGAAGCCGAUUGAAGUAUGCUCAUAAAGGAAGUUCUUCUACAUUACAAGAUAGAGCCACUGACGAUGAACUUCCUGGUCCCAUGGAUAGUGAAUCGUCAAGUGAUUAUGAGCCUAGAUAUCAAAGCUCAGUGCCAGAUACUCGGAACCAGAAGAAAAAAUUUCUUGGAGACCAGUUUAAUGAAGCAUUAAAAGCUGCUUCUUUGAGCAAUGGAGGCCAGUUGUUCACUUCACCUUAUCUAUCCGGCAGCUGUGGUCUAUAUGGAAAGUUACAGCAAGUCAUAAAACGAGAGAGAGAAGAAGAGAUGGAGAUUUUGAAGACUUUACAGGUUGGAGUUGGACAAAGAGAUGCAUGGAGGUAUGUUGAUGUAAGGAUACUGUCAAGAGGCCUGGAGGCACGGCUGGUGGUUUGCAAAUGCUCUGCUGUGAAUGAUGUUGAGGACUCCCCAUUGCUCAAGAACUCCCGAGUAGGAAAGGAGACAACUAUCAUUUUUAGUACAAAAGUUUGCUCGGAUGUUGAUAUUGAAGUCGGGAGCGUCAUCCGCAUAUAUUCCCCAUGGAAGGAGGUUGAACUGAAGAACAAGAACAAGGAGGUGAUUAUUCUCUGUUCAUAUUUCUCCAUCAUGUAACGCAAGACAGAAUUUAUCAGCAUAUCACAAAUUUUGUAUCAUUCAUGAGCUUCUCUAGUUUCCCCUUAAAACCCUGAAAGCAUUGGUCGCUAUUUAUACUGAA